UGAGACGAGAGUCAGAAUUAGAAUAUUAUUGCGUUUUAUUUAUAGAAAUGAGGAAAUGAAAAGAGAAAGUCAAACAUUUCAUACAUCAUUUCUGAUUUUAGACUUAGUAGUUUAGUUUUUAAAUUAUUAUGAUCUUGGAUGUGCAUAUAAAACUGAUCAGGUUUAAUGAAAUUGGCUUUCCAAUUGCAUGUGAUCAACAUUUUUGUGAUAAAUAAUAAGGUUAUUUUGAACAGGAUGAUUAUAUUCAAAAUCUAAUAUGUACGGUAACAGACAUUGCCUGAGAACAGAACAGAACAGAAAAGUAUAAUAUCCUAACAGUACCAAUUAGUCAUGUUUAGUGGUUUUAACAAUACACCAUCCUCUUUUGGAAAUAGUUUUGGAUCAGCUCAACCAGCUGGUUUUGGUCAAGCAGCCAAUUCAUCUUUUACGACUGGUGCCGGUCAAACAGGAGGUCUGUUUGGUUCCACCAACAAUAAUACACCAGGCUUGUUUGGUAAUAAAACAUCUUUUGGGGGAACGACCGGUUUUGGUGCCACCCCGAAUACCAAUGCAGCGGGGGGUUUGUUUGGGGGACAGAAUACCCAAACAGCAGCUGGUGGAUUAUUUUCAACACCCAAUAAUAAUGCAGCUUUUGGAGCAAAGACCCCAGGUUUCACGGGUUUUGGUACGAAUACUGGUACCAAUACAGGAUUAUUUGGAUCCAAUACUCAGAAUACAGGAAGUACCUUAUUUGGUCAAAACACUGGGGGAACAAUGUUCGGAGGUACAGCUCAGAGUACAUCUGGUACAGUAGUCAAGUUUGAACCACCAGGUGGUCAAGAUUCAAUGGUCAAGAAUGGACAAACAACGAGUAUUGCUACCAGACAUCAAUGUAUCACGGCCAUGAAACAAUACGAAACUAAAAGUUUAGAGGAAUUAAGAUUUGAAGAUUAUGGUGCCAACAGAAAAGGUAAACAGCAGACGGCAGGAGGAUUAUUUGGUGGUACACCUGCUGCAGCCACCCAAUCGUCGACAGGAUUCGGUUUUAACGCAAAUACAACAGGUUUUGGUGGAACAACAGGUUUUGGUGCACCAACAUCAUCAGGAAGUGGUGUAUUUGGUCAACAACCCACCCAGGCGUCAUCUACAGGUCUAUUUGGAGCAAAUAAAUCUAUAUUUGGUAAUACACCAAGCACAAGUAACAACACUACUGGUUUUGGAUUUGGAACUACGAAUACAAGUCAACCUAGUACCCUUUUCGGUGGUGGGAAGUCUCUGUUUGGAGCAACAGCCACAACACAGCAACAACCUUUAUUUGGAACAGCCACUGGAACAUCAACUUUUGGUGGAACAUCAUUUGGUGGUAAUACAGCUUUUGGUACACCAGCUCAAAGUGCAGGUAAUCUAUUUGGUAAUAAACCUGCUGGAUUUGGUACAACAACUACAGCCUCUACAGGCUUAUUUAACAACACCAGUAGUAAUCUAUUCGGAGCUAAACCUGCAGGAACUGCUACAAUAGGCUUUGGUAAUGCUACUGCCACUCCAGGAUUCGGAAACACAGCAGCGACGGGAGGAUUGUUUGGUAAUAAAACGGGUUUUGGUGCUACACCUGGUACAACAGGUUUUAACGCAGGCGGCAACACGUUUAAUCUCGGUGGUUUGAACGCUGCCAAUACAGGAGGAAUGUUCGGUAAUGCACAGAAUAAACCAGGCUUUGGUUUCAAUUUAAAUAAUACUGGUACAACUAACACAACCACGGGAUUUGGAACGGGUCUUGGAUCAGGACUUGGUAAUUUUGGUGGAAAUACAUCAACACUUGGAACUAAUACUGGAUCUACAGCUAGUAACUCUAUGUUACAACAACAACUAUUGGCUGUAGCUCUCAGUCCAUAUGGUGAUCAUCCUCUCUUCUGGAAUCUAAAACCUACGGGUGCUAAGAAGGAAGAUGUGUUAAAACCAACUAAUCCUACAGCACAACGUGCCGCUCUCAUGACAUCCUCACAAUACAAGGUCAGCCCUGGACCCACGAAAAAAGUUAAACCAAAAUCUCUACACAAUCUGUUAAAUGGUGGCAAGGCCCAGUUAUUUGAAGGAUUAGGAGACGAUGAUUUUAGUUUUGGUAAUGAUACGUUUGUUCCGAGGAAGAGUGUCAAGAAAUUGGUAUUAAAGAAGAAUCACGAUAAUGAUGAUAGUUCUAGUAACGUGACAUCACCGUAUCCUAGCAACAUAUCAAUUAAUAAUGAUACCAGUCCUACAUCAGGACCAGUUAAACGGUUAUAUCCUGAUUUAAGUAUUUCGUCUGACUGUUCUAUUAUACCAUCAACACAGAAAAUAACAGAUCCUAUAGCUCAGACGAUAAAUUUGGAAGAAAGUGAUAAUGGAAGAAUUCUAGAUUCCCAGAAUAUCAUCCGAUCUAGAAAAUUGAUGGAACCUAUCAAUAGAGGUUCACAGAAAGAUGCAAGCAGUCUGGAUGAUACUAUCACAAUAUUCCAGAAGCCCAGAUUAUCAGGUGAAACUAGUACAGAGUUAAAUGAGACACCGACAUCCAGUGAUAGAUACAAUGGUAUUAGAAACUCGAUAGAAGAACAACAAUCAGAUGAUGAGACUGAUUACGAGCCUCAUCCAGCUGGAAUAGUUUUACGACGUCCUGGAUAUUUUACUGUCCCAUCUUUAGACGAGCUGUGUGACAACGUGGACGAUAAUGGUGAAUGUAUAGUCGAGAAUUUUACCAUUGGUCGUGAAGGUUAUGGAAGUGUUUUCUUCCCUGGAUUGACCAAUUUAACCGGAUUAAAUCUUGAUGAAAUUGUUCAUUUCCGUCGUAAAGAAGUUGUAAUAUACCCUGAUGAUGAUGAUAAACCACCUCUAGGGGAAGGCUUGAAUAAAAAAGCAGAAGUAACGCUGGACUGUGUCUGGCCUGCUGAUAAAUCAACCAGGUCACCUAUAAAGUCUGUUGAACGGUUAACGGCUAUGAAUUAUCAGGAGAAGAUAGAAGAAAUAACGGCUAAAAUUGGCGCCAAGUUUAUCGAUUAUAGACCCGAGACUGGUUCUUGGGUAUUUGGGGUGAAACAUUUCUCCAAAUAUGGUUUGGUUGAUGAUUCUGAUGACGAGAAUACAACAGAGGCCGAGAAAAAACAACUGAAAACGGCUCAAACCAAUCAACAACUUGUACAGAAACAGAAAAUACAACAGCAUAAAGUGCAAGGUGAAGGUCAAAAUGGUGAACUGUUGAAAGGUCAAGGGUUGUUACCAAUGACAACAGGUGAUGGUGACACGGGUAAAGAUCAAGUUCUUGACAUCAGUGAUGAAGAUGCUGAUAUGUCAGAUGUCAUGAAAGGUGAUGGACAAGUGAAAAUGGAAGCUGAAGAUGAUGAUGACUUGAAAUCUAUCCCAUCUUCCCAUAGAUUAGCCUCACAACUCGGUGUCGGACCACAGAAUAUGCAGGUGAUGAAAGCAUCAUUCUUUACGGAAGAUGAUUACGGGGAUCUGGAGAAAGGAAAAUUAUCAACUUUCACAAAAUCAUCCGGUCACGCCUCCCCACUUUUAAAACAAGCUGAGAAAAAUAUGCCAAGUCUUUUUAACCAAUCACUGAUGUCCAAAUAUUCAUCUCCUUUAUCAAUACCCAGAUCUCCGUUACCAACAGAUAUUGAAAUGGAAUCAAAAGCCAAAAUUCAGAAACUUUUUACACCUGAACCCCGUAAAAAUAUCCAGCAUUUUAUAUCAACACCACAUCCAGAAUAUCUUCACAUACAUAGUGGUAUGAAGGAGUCGGAUUAUCCGAGGAGAAUCGUAGGAUCUCGGAUCCAACGAGAAAUUCCACCAGUAGAAGAAUCAAUGGUUUAUAAUCAACAGAAACUUCUGCUGGAUUCUGGAUGCUAUAUGGGCCGAUCAUUCCGUGUAGGAUGGGGUCCAGGUUGGGCGUUGGCUCAUAGCGGUACCACUGUCUACCAGUCUAUCGAAGAUAAAGCCAUCAAACAAGCUCCAUUUUCACUUCUGCCAUCAAACAAGGGAAAUAAUCAAGUUAAAUCUAGUGGUAGAGAUUGGUUGGUUGCCAUGGAGAAGGUAGACGUAGCAGACUACUUCUCACCAGAAGAUAAACAAUUUAUUAAUCAUGAAAGAGAGAUGUUAUCAAUACAGUUAAAGAAUAGUGUUAAUACUAUUGAUAAUGGCUGUCCUUUAUUUGCUACACAACGUGGUGUAACGGCUUUACAUGAAUAUUCUACAUUAACAGAUAAAACAUUGAAAGAUCUCAAAUGGCAUCCAGAUGAAGGUACAAUACAACAUAUGAGUAUGGUAUUUAAUCUGUGUGUAGCAUUGUGGGGUAAUAUGCCUGGUUAUCAAUAUCAUAGUGAAGAUGUGUACGCUAUACAUCAAGCGAGAAGAGAAAUGUUAUCACAAUGGUUAUCUAAUACUGGGGCUGAUAAAAUAUAUAGAGAAGUUAACGAAUCAAAAUUUAAGACAAACGCCCAUCUUGAAGCCAUAUUUAGUCAUUUAACAGGAGGUCAGAUAGCGGAAGCAUGUUUAUUGGCCCAGCAGUCAGGUGACCAUAGACUAGCGUUAUUAUUGGCCCAAUCAGCGGGUAGUUGUAUAUCAAAACAAUUACUAGAACAACAAUUACAAGAUUGGAAAGAAGUCGGGGCUAAUGAAUUUAUAAAGAAGAUGAGAUUACGAUUAUAUAUAUUGUUGUCUGGACAACUAGUAUUGUCAACAACGGAUGAUGACAUCAUCAAUAUCUGUGAAGACUUAGAUUGGAAGAGAGCUUUCGCUUUACAUCUAUGGUUUAAAUGUAAAUCAAACGCCCUAAUAGAAGAAGCUUUACAAGAGUAUGACGAGGCGUUCCAGGGUUCUGAUCAAUAUCGUAGUUACGCCCAACCUCCUUUACCUCCAUAUUUAGAGAGUAUGAAAGAUAAGAGCGGUGAAGAGGAAGAGAUGAUUUACGAUACGUGUUAUCAUAUAUUAAAACUAUACAGUGAUCAUAUGCACAGAUUAGAGAAAAUAUUAAAUCCAGUAACAUCUACAUCACAACAAUUAGAUUAUAGAUUAAGCUGGCAUCUUCUACAAGUAUUACAAGGAUUAAACUACCAUCAUCUCUCACCUUAUCUAACAGCCGCCAUUCACAUCAGUUUCUCCGCACAAUUAGAAUCAAUAGGAUUAUGGGAAUGGGCUGUGUUUGUUGUUCUACAUAUCCACGAAGCACAGAGUCGUAUCGAAGCUGUGAAGUCUUUGUUAACCAGACAUGUUGAACUGAGUACUGAUAACGAUUAUAUAGAAAAAGAAAGUUUUAUAUUGGAAGAGUUACUGGUCCCUUCGAUCUGGAUACAUGAAGCUAAGGCUGUAAAAGCGAGAUAUGAACGAAAACACGAUGAAGAAGUUGAUUAUUUAUUACAAGCUGAGAAAUGGAAUGAAGCUCAUUUAGUUAUAUUAGAACAUAUUGCUUCUGAUGCUAUUAUUAACGAGAAUUACGAUUAUUUAAUGAAGUUUUUACAAGAGUUAUGUUUUGGUAGUAGAAGUUGUUCUGUGUUAAAUUGGUCGACUGGUGGAAAAGUUUUUUAUGAUUAUAUAAAUCUUUGUUAUACACUGGAACAACUCAAACAGGAUGAACAAAGUAUCUGUGAUUUAGAUAAACUACAGUUAGAUGUUCAAUCAUUAUGUGUUCGUGUUGGUGGAUUAAACUGUAGAAACGCUCGGGAUAAGUUAUGUCAAUGUGAAAUGGCCAAGAAAUCAGCCAAUCUAUUACGCACUCUAGUUACUCUACAAGAUCCUACUGGAAUAAAAUCAUUCAGCACCCUAGCACCGUAUAUCUGUAAAUUACCAUUACCAGAAGAUGAUUGUUUAUUGGAAGUCUCUGAACUUACACAGGAUUAUUUACGGGAGAAAAUGAUUAUUGACAGAUAGAAACAGAUGAUUGUGAUAUAUUCUCGUGAAACGUCUUUAGGACGUGACCUGAAUAAUACAACCACUACAGCUGGCUUGUUGAUGGUCAGUUUAUGUAUAGCUGCGUGAUAAAUAAUGGCCGCUAUUCGUCUGUGGUAUAAUAUCCACGGCCCACCUUUACUGUCAUCCGUCUUCAUUAGCCCAGUCGGAGCAGAAAAGUAGGAUGUUAAAUUUCUUUUCAUUUCGAUCAUAUUUGACUGACUGGUAUUGAAAUAAACCAACUUGCAUGUCGGACAGUUUGCUUGCCAUGAACCUUACAACACAAUAAUCGAUAGUUUUGAUGUAUAAAAACAUUUAGAAAUGUAAUUUAUAAAAAAAAUAAUUUUGAAAUAAUGCUAAAAAUUGAUAUAUUCAUUGGAAAAAUAGCGAAUUACGUCAAUAAUUGUCUGUUUGGCAAUAUGUCAGAGGGAAAGUACUGAUCAUACAGAUUAAAGAUGAUUGUUGUCUAAUCAGUUCUACUGUGGUUCUAAUCUCAUUGUGUGCAGUGUUCUUAUGACAUUCAAUAUCUACUUAAUUCGACAGUAUGAUAAUCAAUAUCUACGUUUACAGUAUGACAAUAUCUACGUCAGUACUAACAUCAAUCUACAGCAUGACAUUCAAUACCCAUGUCAGUACUGAUGACAAUCUACAGACAAUGAUCAAGUUGUGUGAUGAUAUAGAUAUUGUAUAAAUCCACUUUAAAUAUCGUACAUGUGUGUAAUAUCUGAUUUAACAUUAUGUCGUACAUCUACGUAAUAUCAGAUUUAACUGAUAUCUAUAAAAUAGAUCUACUGUAUAAUAUCAGAUUUAAACAUAACGUUGUAAAACCUGUCUUUAUUUGACAGUGUAUAAAUCAACUACAAGUUGAGAUUUAUAUUGUUAUAUUAUAACUGAGACUGAUAACAUCAUCCUAUUUCUCUUGUAUAACAAAAACUAUGUAAAAUAUGUUACCAUGGAACACAAAGGUUUAAUUAAAAGGUUUAAUUAAAAGGCUGAACUACUAUAAUAUAUUAAUGUGUGUAAAAAGUUUCAUCAAAGAAAGGUUUAUAAGCUAUGAGGGUGGGUUGGGUCUUGAUAAUUGUAUAUUUCUCUUGUAAAUCCCUGAUAAUAAAGAUGUGAGGGGCUGGGGUAUUGUCUCAGAACAACUGUUUGUUACUAGAUUCCUCUUGUAAAAACCUGAUUGUGCCUGUAUUCCACAGAGUUUCCGUCUUGAUUAGCCCAGUCGGAGCAAAAUAGGACGUUAAAAAUUAUUUCACUGUAUAGCAUAGAAUUUUUCCUCAUUCUAUCAUGUUUAACAUGUAGAGAAGUAUAAUCAACAUCCCAAUCAUUGUUUAUAUUCUAUAUAUCAAUAUUUAUAGAUUACCUACUUGUUUACAAAUAACUCACGGUUGAAUGACACUGGGUGGAGAGAAAACAUUAAAUGUUGGAUAUUUAAUAUAGAACCAUGAAUAGAAAUAAUGUUUUACUUUGUCAUGCUGGUGGAUUGUGAUCUAUCCACAGGUAGGUUGAGAUCUAUCUACAGGUGGGUCGAGAUCUAUCUGCAGGUGGUUUGAGAUCUAUCUACAGAUGGGUCGAGAUCUAUCUACAGGUGGGUUGAGAUCUAUCUACAGGUGGGUUGAGAUCUAUCUGCAGGUGGGUUGUGAUCUAUCCGUGUGUUGUUUUUUGAACGCAUGUUUUGAAUUUAUCGAGGAUCCCUCACUCUUAACAUUGCAAGGAGUGUUUAUAAUCAAUAUUUUUACCAUUCUGAUAUGAGGUUGUAUGCAGCAUUUCUUAUUUUGGUUAUUACAAGAUUUGAAAGUUAUUUUCUUACAGAAAACUGUGUCUCGAACUAGUAUAAUUCUAAAAAGAAGGGUUAAAAUUUAAAAAAACAUAAACGUUUGACAUGAACAGUUAGUGUUAAGUAAGUAAGCUGCAUAUAGAUCUUUAUAGCAGGUGUAGUAAUAAUUAUAUUGCCCGCGUUGUAUCUGUUUAAUGUAUGUUUAUUAUAUAUAAAUAGUUUGCUGUAUAAAAUGUUGACUUGAUAUCAUUGUAAAUAAAUUAUCAUAAAAUAUCAACACAAUAUAACAUUUCUCCAUUUA